CACAUCGUAUCAGAUGAAAAUUAUACUAGCGUCUACGUUCACAUUUCAGUGCCUGCCGUACCUUCAAUGAAUCACUGUUAACCAAUUUCUGGUUCGUGCGAAAGCCGAAAAUCACUUUAGCUCAAUUCAAAUUUGCAGAGUGCAGCAGCAAUUUCCUUGAAUGGAAGGACUCCAUUAUCCAAGGCCAUGUGGAUGUACAGGAAUCCGCUCCUGCCUCGUCUGUGAGGCCAAAGAUAUCCAAGUGAAGCAUGCACCAACAGGCAGGGAAUAUUUGCAGGAACUCUGGAGAUACUGUUACUUGUGUGGAAAAAUCCAACCUCCACAUUCUGAGGGGAUGAGAGACAAGAGAACGCAAUCAGAUAUAGGAUGCCCUGAUCACCAUGCUACACAGGGUUUUGUCUUGCCUGGGAUACAAGUAAUACCUGACUUUAUAACGGACCAAGAGGAAGUGGAGAUGGUGCACAGGAUUGAAAGGAGUCCAUGGAAGGCGUCUCAGUCAGGAAGAUUCAAACAAGACUAUGGCCCUAAACCAAACUUCAAACGUAGAAAAGUCAAGCAAGGUGGCUUCACUGGUCUACCAACUUUCAGCAAACCACUGGUGUCUCGCAUGAACCGUCUCCCAGAGCUUGAAGACUUUCUUCCUGUUGAGCAGUGCCACCUAGAGUACACGCCCGAUAGAGGGUCGGCCAUUGAUCUUCACUUUGAUGAUUUCUGGCUAUGGGGGAACAGACUCGUCACCAUCAAUCUUCUCUCGGACACUUCCCUAUUACUGAAAUAUGAAACUGAUACUUCUUGUCAUGGAGUACCCAAUGAAUCUGGAACAAAUCAGCAAGACAACCAUAAUGUUGGAAGCCAGCAAGAGGAAUGGCUAGUGCACGAACUAUUGAUACCAAUGCCAAGGAAAAGUUUGAUAAUACUGAGUGACGAUGCUAGAUAUAAAUGGAAACAUGCAAUACCACGAGAAGCCAUUCUAGCUCGACGUAUCGCUGUUACCCUACGUGAGCUUGCUACAGAUUUCUUGCCUGGUGGGAGAAAUGAAGCACUUGGUCAAGAACUCUUGAACAUUGCGUUGACAUAUGACGGAACAGUCGUACAGUGAAGGUGAUGACUGAUUUUACUGCAAUAUCAGUUUUCUCAAACCGUCCUAGGAGGGUUUCGAUGAACAGAAAUAUCUAAUUUUGAAAUUAAUGUUUUCAGUUUAACUAUUUGUAUCUAUGGAAAUUUGAAAUUACCCAGAAUUUUUUGAAAAUCUGGUAGUAAAAUAUUCGAAGAAUGAGGUGAGACCAUUGAAUACAGAAGUUUUGUGAGAUUAUAAACAUUUGACAGUUUAAAUUCAAAAUGUCAGAAAGGAAGUAGUUUUCUUUACUUUUGAGUUUCGACUGUUAGGACCCUUUAUGAAAACAAUGAUAUACGAGGGGCUUCUGAAAAGUUUUGAGCCUAACAUAGAAAAGAUUCAAAGAUCGGAGACUUGCUUGGGCCAUAAAAUCUUUCACGUUUCUUAAUGCUACCCACCAAAUUUCUUGGUCAUAGCAAUGUCUAGUCUUAUUUUACAGAUUCCUAAAGUUUGGUAUCGAGUGUCUCAUAAAAAAUGGACAAACCCGAGUGUCAAGCUGUCGUCAAGUUUCUGCAGCUGAUAAGUAUGAUUUGAGAUGAGACUUUUGAUGGUAGCCCAUCCAAUUACUUGGAAUGGGUUAUGUCUAUUUAUGAGACUUGGGUUCAUCACUAUCACCCUGAGACCAAGGUGAAGUAAAAAUACCAGUAAUAGAAGCAUCCCAUGUCAUUAACCCAAAAGGAGGCCAACUCAAGUUUGUACAUUUUUCAUUAGACACUAUGGUCUGUAUUCUGAAGUCAGGUUUAACUUAGAACAUGGUCUAACUUUGUGCUAAACUUAUGGAAAGCCAUAAAUGUCAACAUUUUCCUUGCAUUGUAUAUUUCUUGUGAUUACUGUGCUCUUUCCUAACUCAUGAAUGGUGUAGAAAGCUAUUUCAUUUAUCUUCCUAAAACAGUUAAGAAUGAUUCAAAGACAAAAAUAAGCUGUUACAUUGAAAUUAUACUGUUCGAGAUUGAUGCCACUAUUGGCUAUCCCUAGUAAAACCACAAAUUUAGAUUAGAGUUUAGAAUUAAACCCGAUUUGAAAUUAUGGGCCAUUGAUACUGGAACCUGUAAAAUCAGACCCAAUAUAGCAAGACCAAGAAAUUUGGUUGGUAGGAUUAAGAAAUGUGAAAGAUUGUAUGGACCAAAUUUGGUCUUCAAUCUUAAUCCUUUCUAUGUUUAGGCUAAAAAAACUAUUCAGUCGCCCCUGGUACAGGUCUGUCACAAACAGUUUUGUUAUAGAUUAAACUUUUUGUAUGUUAAUUUGCCUAGAGAUGGCCAACAGCAAUGAAGGGGAGUAUGAAGAUUUGUGGGGUGAGUACUUUCUACUGACCUUUAUUAAGGGUUUGUAUUAAAUCAGAUCAUCAUUUGAGGGGUUUUGCAUACAUUUAUACCACCCAUUUGAAUAAUUUAAUAUGAUGUUCAUUAUAAUGAAUCCUUUAUUUUACUAUUCAUGUUAACUUUAUAAUGUCAAAAUUAUGCAACUCUAAGUGGAUUUUCAUUUGUUCUAAUAAAUAAAAGACAUGAGAAAUGAAAAGGAACAUAUGCAUUAAAUAGAAAUUGUUGAAGAAAUGAUGCAGAAAUGGAAGUAUGUUGUGGAGUACCAUUGUUCACAUCAAAUAGAUCUACAGCUGGGUUGAAUUUAAAAAAAGAAGAACUUAUAUGAAAUUAUAAGAAUAGAAAACCUUUUUUGUGAGUAGAAAUAUAGUGUAACAUUAUGAAGUCUUGUUAUGCUGCAUUUGAAUAAUGGCUUGAUAUAAGCAGAGCCUGUUAGGAUUUAUACAUGGUCUCUAAUAUAGCAGACCUAUUAGAAUAAUCAAUACAAAACUCAAACCUCAAUACUGAAAUAAAUACAAACAAUAUCAUAGACUGCAACAAACAAGUUGUACAAAAUAAGUGAAAUUUAUUCAUCAAUGCUUAUUAAUAAAUAGAGAAGAAUACAGAAAUGGAAGUAUAUUGCAUAUUGUUAUUUGUUCACAUCAAUCGUCAAUCACAUCAAUGAUAAAAUCGUUGGUUGAUUUUUCAUGUAGAAGAUUUGAAGAUAACUUGAUUGUACAUGAAUAAUUGUAAGGAUAGACAACCUUUGUUAUUGUGCAGAAAAUAUUCAAAAUAGACCAUCACAAUAUUGUCAGCAAGUAAGCCUUCUUUGAGUGUUGGGACUGUAUGUACAAUAUUCCUGUAUCAAGUGAAAUGCAACUUUCCUCUAACCAAACCCUUAUGAAAAUCCUUAUCCUCAUUUAUUUAAAAUCCCUUCUACAUCCUUACCCUUGGUCUUAAUAGAGAAAUCAAGGCAUUCAGGUCACAAUUCUGACUCCACUAAAUUUUCAUACUUGCAGAGCUGCCAGCCUGAACAAAAACAUUUCAGUACCGGUAUUAAAAAAAGCUGAAAAUCAGUAUUUUGCUGAGGAAAUCAGUAUUUUUAAAGAAAUACCAUAGGACAAAUACAUACCGGUAAAAACUGAAACUUAAGAAAUCAGUGCUUUGCCUGAAACCAUCAGUAGUAUUCUCAUUUUUCAGUACUAAAUGCUGAAAAUCCGUAAUACUUGGCAGCUCUGCUUUUGGGUUUUAUUUCAAAUAAUAGUCUAAUUUGAUUCUACAUGAUCAUGUAAUGCUCACACAUUGUAAACAUUGGAAUGUUCAUACAUUCGUUUUGCAGCUCCCCAGAAUGAUACAGACUGUUGCUUAUAAAAUGACUACUGGUAUACUCAUAAUGUCAAUAGUGAUAUAAUAUCAAUGGUAUCUAAGGUUAUGCAUAUUGUACUCCUUUUUAGAUCUACAAUAGUCAAAAUCUAUAGUAUCUAGGAGUACAAUAUUUUUUUUCUAUAUGAAAUACCAGUAUGUUAUUAAGAAAUUACGUGAAAAAUGUUAAAUUCAAGAGUAAAACCGCACUUACUUUCUGCCCAGGUUGUUUAAAACACAGAAAAUAGAGGCAAGUUAAACCAUUGUUUAAAAAAAGUACAUAAUUAGCUAUUUAAUGCAGAACUGCUAGAAGUGAUGUGAAUAUUACAGAAAAAAGGACAUGCUAAACUGCUCAUUUUAAAGAACAAGUCGAUUAGAUUAUCUUAAUGUGGUGCAUUUGUACAAAGUUAUAUUACAUAUAGGCAAGUUAAGAUUGAAACUUAUUUACAUUAAAUUAAAUAUUUUUGAAUGGUAAAUUUUGAGCUUUUGAUCUUGUCCUAGUUGUCUGUACACCCCAUUCUGAAAGGGUUUCCUAAUAGAUACAACCAGCUGUUCACCAUGCCCGGGAUUCAGCAGUGGCUCCGUAUAGUUUUCAAUAUUUUUGCUGGGGGAGAAAAGCAUGCUCAUGCUCAAUACAUCAUUGAGCUCCAAAUUUUCCCCCGGAAAAUACAGUGGGGGAAAAUAUAUUUCAUUACAUGAGCACCUGGAACUGACCAAUCAUUUAUUUAGAAUACAAAUAAAUAUUCAUU